AGACAUUACAGGCCUUUCUUCUUCGAAGAAUAUGGCCGACAUUUUGAUAUUGCUGUCAUGAAGAUUUUUCAGUGACAAAAUUUUAACUUUGUAGUUCUUCAUGCACGGUUUUAUGUUCCCAAAUCGUUUUAUUUUUUAAUUGCUUAGACGGUGUGUAGUGUAAGCUAUUUUAUUUUUGGAAAAUGGCAGCUGAUCGUGAGAUUGCUGCCGAAGACAGCAUCAGAGUAGUUUGCCGAUUUCGGCCACUGAAUGACUCUGAAGAAAAAGCUGGAUCUAAAUUUAUUGUGAAAUUCCCUUCUGGACCCGAUGACAAUUGCAUUUCUAUAGGGGGCAAAGUAUACUUGUUUGACAAAGUAUUUAAACCAAAUGCAACCCAAGAAAAGGUCUACAAUGAAGCUGCCAAGAGUAUUGUAUCUGAUGUCCUGGCUGGCUACAACGGCACUAUAUUUGCUUAUGGUCAGACCAGUUCAGGAAAGACACAUACCAUGGAAGGUGUCAUAGGGGAUCCAGGAAAACAGGGUAUUAUUCCACGGAUUGUUAAUGAUAUAUUCAACCACAUUUACGCCAUGGAAGAGAAUUUGGAAUUUCACAUUAAAGUCUCAUACUUUGAAAUUUACAUGGACAAAAUUAGGGACUUGUUGGAUGUAUCAAAAGUGAACCUUAGUGUUCAUGAGGACAAAAACAGAGUCCCAUUUGUCAAAGGUGCUACUGAAAGGUUUGUGUCAAGUCCAGAGGAAGUGUUUGAAGUUAUUGAGGAGGGCAAAUCAAAUCGACACAUUGCAGUCACAAACAUGAAUGAACAUUCAUCUAGAUCUCAUUCAGUCUUCCUCAUAAAUGUUAAGCAAGAAAACCUCGAGAAUCAAAAGAAGCUUUCAGGCAAAUUGUACUUGGUGGACUUGGCUGGUUCUGAAAAGGUAUCUAAAACUGGUGCUGAAGGUACAGUCCUCGACGAAGCUAAAAAUAUUAACAAAUCAUUGUCAGCUUUGGGUAACGUAAUUUCGGCAUUAGCUGAUGGAAACAAGUCGCACAUCCCGUACAGAGACUCAAAACUGACACGUAUCUUACAAGAGUCACUUGGAGGAAAUGCCAGGACCACCAUCGUUAUUUGCUGCUCCCCGGCUUCGUUCAACGAGAGUGAAACCAAGAGUACACUCGACUUUGGUAAAAGGGCAAAGACUGUCAAGAAUGUCGUCUGCGUCAACGAGGAACUCACAGCUGAGGAAUGGAAGCGUCGUUAUGAGAGGGAGAAGGAGAAGGUGGCGAGGCUGAAGGGCAAGGUUGAGAAAUUGGAGGCGGAGCUUAACCGCUGGCGUUCGGGUGAGACCGUACGAAUUGAAGAACAAGUGAACUUGCAAGAAAUUGAGGCUGUCACUCCUAUUACGUCAUUCAUUGAGGAGAAACCACCAGCGGCGCCUGUUCCUGUUGCUGUAUCUAGCGCCGUCGAAGAUGCAGCUAUGCAAGGCAAGCUGGAGGCCCUCUACCAACAACUGGAUGACAAAGAUGAGGAGAUCAACCAACAUUCGCAGCUGGUGGAGAAACUCAAGGACCAGAUGAUGGAGCAGGAGGAGCUUAUUGCUGGCACACGGCGCGACUACGAGGCCCUGCAAGGCGACAUGAACCGCAUCCAGCAGGAGAACGAAGCCGCCAAGGAGGAGGUGAAGGAAGUGCUGCAAGCUCUCGAGGAGCUCGCCGUCAACUACGACCAGAAGUCGCAGGAGGUUGACAGCAAGAGCCGCGAGUGCGACCAGCUCUCCGAGGAGCUCCAGGCUAAGCAGAGUGCUUUGGCCAGCGCUACUUCAGAGCUUCAGCAACUCCGCGACCUGUCGGCACACCAGCGCAAGCGUAUCGCCGAGCUUCUGACGAAUCUGUUGCGCGACCUGGCCGAGAUCGGCGCCGCCGUCGGAGGCUCCGAGCUGGACUUCAAGCUGAACGUGGACACUGUCGGCAAGCUCGAGGAGGAGUUCACCGUCGCCCGUCUGCACAUCAGCAAGAUGAAGAGCGAGGUUAAGAACAUCGUGCAGCGCUGCCAUUCGCUCGAGUCCGCUAACAUUGACGCCAACCAAAAGAUCGAGGAGUACGAGCGCUCGCUGGGCGAGUGCCGACUGCUGAUCUCGCAGCACGAGGCUCGCUGCGCGUCGCUGGCGGAGUCCAUGCGCGAGGCCGAGAACAAGAAGCGACAACUCGAGGAGGCAGCCGACGCUCUGCGCGAGGAGUGCGCCCGGCUUCAGGCGGCGGAGCGCGUGCAGCUGGCGGCGGCGGAGCAGCGCGCGGACUCGCAGGUGCGCAGCGCGCUGGAGGCGCAGCUGGAGCAGCUGCGCGCCGCGCACGCCUCGCAGCUCGCCGCGCUGCGGGACGAGCUGGCCGCGCUGCAGCGCCAGAACCAGGAGCUCAAGGACACUUACCAGGAACUCACGCUGGCUCGCCAGCAACUCCAGGACGACUACGAGAAGCUGAAGCGCGAGGAGGCCGACAAGUCGGCUAAACUCAAGGAACUCAUUCAAAGCGUCGAACGGCGUGAACAGGCCCGCGCAGAUCUCAAAGGUUUGGAAGACACCGUGGCCAAGGAGCUGCAGACACUGCACAAUCUGCGCAAACUGUUUGUGCAGGACUUGCAGGCAAGGAUAAAGAAGUCCAACAACUCGGAGGAAGGCGCAGAAGAAGAGGGUGGUUCAUUAGCUCAAAAGCAAAAGAUCUCAUUCUUGGAGAACAACUUGGAACAGCUGACAAAGGUGCACAAGCAGCUGGUGCGCGACAACGCAGACCUGCGUUGUGAAGUGCCCAAGCUUGAGAAGCGUCUGCGCGCCACUAUGGAGCGCGUCAAGGCAUUGGAAACUGCUCUCAAGGAAGCAAAGGACGGUGCUAUGCGUGACCGCAAGAGAUAUCAAUUCGAAGUCGACAGAAUUAAGGAAGCUGUGCGAGCUAAGAACCUCGCUCGGCGAGGACCGCAAGCUCAAAUCGCCAAACCCAUCCGCGCUGGCGGUGGCCACCUCGUGGGCGGUGGAGCUCCCGGCGUGGUCCGGCCGGCGCCUGCGCAGGACAUCAAACGGAAAUCAAUUAUUGUUGGCGCCCGAGAUGAGAGUUGAAGAGGUAGCAAUUACAUCAUAGAGAAUUUAAAUGAAACUUCAUAGAUGUACCUUACAGGGGCGAGGAAAUAAUUCUUUUAAAAUCGUAACCGUUAUAUAACUAUGUGUUUAUGGAAAGCCUAAUAAUAAGUGCAACAAAAAAAAAGAAAAAUAUUUGGUAGUAUUCUCCUAGGCUUAAUCAUUUGGGCUACCUUAUAAUUAACGUCUAUAAGUGCACAUGGAUUUAGAACAGUUAAUAGCUUUCUGCGAUAUAAUAUGUCAGGUUUCAUAUAAAUUCGAUAAAGUACCAGUUCUAAAAGUAUUACGGUUUAAGCAAACUUGAAGCUUAAAUUGUCUUUUGAUGUUGCUAUUUUUAAAUCAGAUAAAAUAUUUUUAUGAAAUGACAAAAAGUAUUAAUUUAGUUUCCCAUUAUGGAUGCUUAAACUCGAUUUAAAUGUACUAUGAAUUUUGAGAUUAUUAAUCCUAAUGAGGAAGAAAUGUGGCCAACUGAGAAGUGAGCAAUCAUUCAGUACAAAGAAAUACCGAGCCAGUUACCAAUUUGUGUCGAAGUAAGCGGGAUAUAACUACACUCAUUUCUUUCUCAUAUGGAUUUUAAACAAUUAUUUCCAAGAUGCAAUAUCUCGUUAUCUUUAAGAAUAUGCUGUGAAUUAAUUGCAGACUUGCAUAUGCUGCCGCACAAAUAAAGUAAAAACUAAAAAACGUAAAAAAAAAGUAUAUUAAUAUGUGUUACUGUCGGCCCGUGUUAUCAAUUCCACGUGUGGUGGCAAAUGCAGAGCAGUGUGCAUCUUCAAUGUGUAGUUGUAGUUUAAGCUUCUUUAAUAUAUAUUUUUAUAUAUUGUGAUAAGCGUUGAUAUGCCGACAUGCGAGCAUUUAUUUAGUUAACGAAACGAAAGCCUUUGGUAUAUGUUCACAAGGUGUCAUGAGUGAUAACGAGAAGGUUCAUACAUAUUCAGAUUAACAUUUCAGGUAUCCAUUCAUACCCAGUGAGUUUGCAUUGGUUUCAUGUGCGUGUGCCUGGACGACUUGCUACAACAAGCAAGUUCACUGUCACUAGGCACGGUGUGCGUCAGAUUGACAUGCGAUUCGAGUUUAGUGGGUGAUUUUUAUAUUCCUCAAUGAAUAUGAAAAUCUCUUUCAACUAAUCACAUUUAGCUCCAGUGACUUUAAAUAUAAAAGUGUAACAUUACUGUUACUGCUUAUGAAACAAUAUUAGUAACACACAUACAUAGUCUUGCAACGUAGCUUAGGUUAUCAUUCAUUGCACCUUUCGCUUAGUCUCACUACUGCGCGACACCUUCACGUUAGCUUGUGAGCUGUGAUGUUUUUUUUAGCAAAUAUUUUACUUUUGUAUUGCGCCUGUCUUGUAACUGUCUCAGUAGUAAUGUUAGUCACUAAGUUACAAUAUCGGCUCUUAUAAUAUAGUCCGUAACAGUUAAGAGUUAUUUUUAAUGAAAUAUAUGGUAUACUUCACUUUGAAUCACUGUCAGACUUGUAUUUACAGGAGGAAUAAAAAGCUUUGAAAACAUCGACAUUUAACAUAGUAUGUUUGGAUUGGUUAAAGUUCUCUAUUUGCUUUAGGACGCAUCAGCUUCGCAGUAGAUCUGUAACUUAUAUAAGUACUUAUAAAUUAAUCACGGCGGAUCACAGCCCGGUGAGGCUGGCUACAUACAGACUCGACAACGGUGUAGUAGCCAUUGUCUGGCUGAAUCCUUUGAGGAGUUAUGGAACUAAAGCCGAAUAAAUAACCACAAAACCAAAGAUAAAUCACAAUUUUUAGGUUUAUUGUUCCACAUUAAUUAACAGCGGAAAUUUUAUGUAAGCCCCGAAUUACUCAAUGGUUCCAAAGCUCCUUAGUGUGUUGCAAUACAUUUAUAUCGUUUAGAUGUAAAGUUGUAGUAAAUUAUUUCACACUUAAUUUAGAUAAAUGAUGUUUAUCAUAUUUUAUUUAUUGUACUACAUAAAACUAAAUUAUCUCGUUUCGUUCACUUUUAAAGUGAACUAAAUGCGCUUUUUUAUAUACCUCUACUUACAUUAUUUUAAAAUCAUGAUCAAAUACAUAUAUUUUGCAUUCAAAAUUAGAGAUGCCUGCAAAGAUGCAUUCCACGAGGAAAGCACAUUGUGUCUUUGUUAAUCUUUAAGAUUAGUUGUUUUGUCAAAAUGUAGUUAAAUGAGGCUAACCUCGGUUUCCACUCGCCUGUUGCAUAGAUAGCUCUAGCCGGAGGUCCACGCGACUCGGACGCGCCCAAUGGUGGGCAACCCCAAACCGACAGGCUUGCCUUUGCACCAAGUGAUUUAGUUUGUAUUGACAUCUUUUGUAUCAUGUAUUUUAAUAUAUGGAAAAUUCUCAGGAAAGUGUUUUCUUGAUUUUUUUUAUUUAUUAUGAAAUAAAAUCAUGAAUUUAUUUGCUAA